AACUUUUGUAAUAUAGCGACAAGAAGCAUCGUCCGUGGAGUAUGCGAUGUUAUGCUCUCAAAAUGAUAUAGAAUUUACAUUAUAAAGAGUAAAGUAUCCUGACGAUAGUAAAUAAAGUUAUCUCUAAUAAACCAGUAUGUUGGAGAAAAUUUUGACAGCUACUGUGUCAGAAUACAUUCAGCUACCGGUGUGGACGGUAGCUUUAGCCACUGGCUGUUUAGUAUGGCUUCUUCACACUGGCAGGAAAGGACUUAACCCAAAGAAGGGAUACAGUCUGCCACCAGAGACUGCGGAUGAAAAAGUUGAGCCAAGUAAAUCUGAUGCAACGCAAACAAGGCAAAAGAAACUGAAGGUCUUGUUUGGAACACAGACAGGAAAAUCAAAGGCUUUUGCUGGGCUUUUAGCCAAAGAUGCUGAACGUAAAGGCUUCACAUCCGAGAUACAGGAUCUGAAAGAUUACGACCCCGAGGAUAACUUGGCAGAAGAGGCAGAGGACUGUUAUCUUGUUGUGAUUAUCUCCACUUACACUGAUGGUCAGCCACCAGAGGGCAGUGCUUGGUUCCUUAAAUGGCUGGAAGAUACUUCUUCUGAUUUCCGUGUACAGAAAACAUUACUGAAGGAACUCAGUUAUGCUGUUUUUGGAUUAGGAAACUCACUUUACAAGGAUAACUUCUGUGUGGUAGGGAAGAAAGUUGACAGCUUACUACACCAGUUGUCUGGGAACAGAAUUGUGAAUGUUGGUGUCGGAGACGAGAAUGUCGCUGAUAGUAAACAUGGAGGAAUAGAAGCCGAUUUUGAUGCGUGGCGAGCUGAAUUCUGGAGAAAGAUGAAGUCACUGAAAAACUUACCAUUUAAUAAGAAAAAUGUUCAACAGAAGCAAACUGAGAAAUGUUCAGAUGGAGACAGUAAAUGUGGUGGAAAGUGCAAGCGGAAGAACUCUGGGGAGGCCUGUAGCAGUGAAGAGGAGUUGUAUGAGACAACGUCUGAGGAAGAAGAUGAAGAUGACGAGGAGGAGGGAAAUGAAGAUGGCAGUGACAUGUCACUACAAAAGAGCAAUGGUGUUGUGGAUGUGGAGGACUUGGGAAAAGUCAUGAAAAAUAUGAAAAAAGCAAAGGUGCGAAGGAAAAGAGAAGACCUUGCCAAAGGAAGUGGUGAACCUAAAGAGAUGGUCACUCCAGCGCUCAGAAAAGCAUUGGAAAAACAAGGGUACCGAUUGAUUGGCAGUCAUUCGGGUGUGAAACUGUGUCGCUGGACCAAGUCAAUGUUACGGGGAAGAGGGGGAUGUUACAAACACACCUUCUACGGUAUUGAGAGUCAUCGAUGCAUGGAAACCACACCCAGUCUGGCCUGUGCAAAUAAAUGUGUCUUCUGUUGGAGGCAUCACACAAACCCUGUGGGAACAGAGUGGAGAUGGAAGAUGGACAGUGCUGAAACUGUGAUAGAGGGAGCAAUCCAAAACCACAGAAAUCUCAUUAAACAGUUCAAAGGUGUGCCGGGUGUCCUACCGGAGAGGUUACAGGAAGGCCACGACAUCAAACACUGUGCUCUUUCCCUUGUCGGGGAGCCCAUUAUGUAUCCAGAAAUCAAUAAAUUUGUGGACAUGUUACACGAAAAAGGCAUCUCUUCCUUCCUUGUCACUAAUGCACAGUUCCCUGAUGCCAUCAAGAACAUGUCUCCAGUCACCCAGCUGUAUGUUAGUGUCGACGCCAGCACCAAAGAAAGUCUCAAGAAGAUUGAUAGGCCGCUAUUUAGGGACUUCUGGGAUAGGUUUCUGGAAAGCUUGGUUGCCCUUGGUGAGAAACGACAAAGAACUGUCUACAGACUAACACUUGUUAAGGCAUGGAAUACAGAGGAAAUUGAAAACUAUGCCAAGCUUGUUUCCAAGGGCAAACCUGAUUUCAUAGAGGUCAAGGGUGUGACUUACUGCGGAGAGUCGAAGGCCUCCACACUGACAAUGGAGAAUGUACCCUGGCAUGAGGAGGUUAUCAGGUUUGUCAAGCUUCUUGAAGAAGAACUUGACGAUUACGAGAUUGCUUCAGAACAUGAACAUUCGAAUUGUCUGCUUAUGGCUCAUAAAAAGUUUAAAGUGAAAGGAGAAUGGUGGACAUGGAUAGAUUAUGAGAAGUUCCACAAACUUGUACAGGCCUUUAUGUCAAGUGAUGGACAAGAGACUUUUAGUGCUGAGGACUACAUGGCUAAGACCCCAGCAUGGGCGGUAUUUGGGGCCAAGGAACAGGGAUUCGAUCCUACAGAAACUAGAUUUCAUAGGAAGAAGAAAAAAGAUAUUGGAGGAUGUUGAACAUUUUUCAACUGUGAAAAUAGAAAUUAUUUCUGUAAUUCCACAUUGAUGGUACAUUUCAGUAUCUUUCUGGAUGUCGAAAGUUUUAUACCACUUCACCGCUGUGAUUUGUGAACAUAAUAUUUGUUUCACUCGACGUGAUUCGCUAAUGUUACAUUAUUGAAAGAACAAUGACUGUGGUAUGGUAACAAUGCAGGUUUUGAUUCAGCAGCUGACUGUUUUAUACAUAAACUGUAUGAAAUGAAUAUAUCAUGCUAUAUUUAUGAUGUGUUUUUUACAUUGUCAAUACUGAUCAACAUUUUUUUGUUGUUACCCAGUCAGGGAAACUUGUACAUGAGGUACUAUUCAUGUUUCAUGUGUUAGUCCUAUGAAAUAAAGACUUUGAGCUUUCUAGUAGAAAGAAAGAUAUUUUCUAAAGGAAAAAUAUCAUCAUUCAUGUUCUCUUCUAUAAGAUUUUUGAUGGAGAAACUUCAGUGAGAGAAAAUUUGUAUGUUUCAAGUUAAUAACAUGAAGCUCUCACUGCAGUAAAGAUCUGUUUCAGAAAUAAAAAA